AUGAAGGAGGAAGCUGCGAGGAAGAGGAAGAUGCCUUGGGCCCCCCAGCUGAGGACGGAGAGCCCGGAGGACAAAUCCCCCCGGCAGAGCCUGGUGGGAGAGGCCGUUUUGAAGGGCUCCCCGGCGCAGGAAGGCAGCGGGGAGGAAAAGGGCCGGAGAUCCCCCCGCAGGAGGGGCUCCAAAGCCAGCCCAGGGUGCUCUGAGGAGGAAAGAGCCAGCCUGUGCUGGGAAGGCGGCCGGAGCUUGAGGGGGAGCUCUGAGCUGGUGGUCCCUGAGCAUCCUCCCAGCAGGGAGAAGCCCUUCAGGUGCUUGGAAUGUGGGAAAAGGUUCAGGAAGAGCUCCUACCUCCUAACCCACCUGCACAUCCACACUGGGGCACGGCCCUACUCAUGUGGGGAAUGUGGGAAGAGCUUCAACUGCAACUCCAUCCUGAUCCAACAUCAGCGCAUCCACACUGGGGAACGGCCCUACACGUGUGGGGAAUGUGGGAAGAGAUUCAGGCAGAGGUCCACCCUCGUCAAGCACCAGCACAUCCACACUGGGCAGAAGCCCUACAAGUGUGGGGAAUGUGGGAAGAGCUUUAGGCAGAGGUCUGGAAUGAUCCUACACCAGCACAUCCACAGUAGGCAGAAGCCCUACAAGUGUGGGGAAUGUGGGCAGAGCUUUAGCCAGUGCUUUGAACUGAUCCUACACCAGCGCAUCCACACUGGGGAACGGCCCUACAAGUGUGGGGAAUGUGGGAAGAGGUUUCAGACCAUCUCAAAUCUCCUGAGGCAUGAGCAGACACACACGGAUGAGAGGCCCUUCCUCUGCACCGACUGUGGGAAGAGCUUCAACCAGAACUCCUCCCUUGUCAGGCACCGGCGCAUUCACACCGGGGAGAGGCCCUACAAGUGUGGGGAGUGUGGGAAGAGGUUUCAGACCAGCUCAGAUCUCCGCAGGCAUGAGCAGACACACACGGAUGAGAGGCCCUUCCUCUGCACCGAGUGUGGGAAGAGCUUCAACCAGAACUCCUCCCUUGUCAGGCACCGGCGCAUUCACACCGGGGAGAGGCCCUACAAGUGUGGGGAGUGUGGGAAGAGCUUCACUGAGAGCUCUAAGUUGACCAAACACCAACGGACCCACCGGCAAGGGAAGCCCUCGAGUGCCCCGACUGCAGGAAGAGCUUCGGCCGCUGCUUCCACCCCAAAUGAACCCCCUGAUGGGGAGGCAACCCCUGGAGUCCAGUGACUGUCAGUCCAUCCCUUUUGACCAGAAAGGGCCAAUCCCCUUUCCCAGGGGCAGCUUCUUCCAACAGAACCCUUCCUGGGGGGUGUGUGGAGAUUCCUGCCUUGGCUGGGGACCC